CCCUCAGGACUCGCGCUCCUCCCCACGCGCAGGCGGCCGCCAUGUGCUCCCUAGCAACGGGCUUCACCGGCGCCAGGGGCCGGCUGCAGGAGGCUGAGGAGGAGGAGGCGCCCGCGUUGUCGGACAGCGGAGACGAGGCGGCCUGGGAGGAGGAGGAGGAGGAGGCCGAGGAGGAGGAGGAGGAGGCGGACCCCCGCCGCGAGAAGCAGCGGACCCCCUGCCUGUUCUGUGACAGGUUAUUCACUUCUGCUGAAGAAACAUUUUCUCACUGUAAGACUGAACAUCAGUUUGAUAUUGAUAACAUGGUCCAUAAACAUGGACUUGAAUUUUAUGGAUACAUUAAGCUAAUAAAUUUCAUUAGACUUAAGAAUCCAACUUCAGAGUAUUUGAAUUCAUUAUGCAAUCCAGUGCCUUGGGAGAAAGAGGAGUAUUUGAAACCGGUAUUAGAAGAUGACCUUUUACUUCAGUUUGAUGUAGAAGAUCUUUAUGAACCAGUGACAGUCCCAUUCUCGUACCCCAAUGGGCUCAGUGACAACACCUCUGUUCUUGAGCGGUUGAAGCACAUGGAAGCCAGAGCACAGGCUGCUGAAGCAGCAUUAGCUAGAGCCCGGGAAGACCUCCAGAGAAUGAAACAGUUUGCACAGGAUUUCGUGAUGAGCACAGAUGUCAGAACCAACUCGUCAUCAACCACUGCCGUUGCGGACCUUAAUGAGGAUGAGGAUGGUGUUUAUUUCAGCUCGUAUGGGCAUUAUGGGAUACACGAAGAGAUGCUGAAGGAUAAGGUACGAACAGAAAGCUAUCGAGAUUUUAUAUACCAAAAUCCACAUAUUUUUAAAGACAAGGUAGUUCUGGAUGUUGGUUGUGGAACUGGAAUUCUCUCUAUGUUUGCAGCUAAAGCUGGUGCAAAAAGGGUCAUUGGAGUUGAUCAAUCAGAAAUACUUUAUCAGGCAAUGGAUAUCAUAAGGCUAAAUAAACUUGAAGGUACCAUUACUCUAGUCAAAGGAAGAAUUGAAGAAGUUGAUCUACCUGUUGAAAAAGUAGAUGUUAUCAUAUCAGAGUGGAUGGGCUAUUUUCUUCUCUUUGAGUCUAUGUUGGAUUCUGUCAUUUAUGCGAAGGACAAAUACCUGGCAAAGGGAGGAUCAGUCUACCCUGACAUUUGCACAAUCAGCCUAGUGGCAGUGGGAGAUCCAAACAAACAUGCAGAUAGGAUUGCUUUCUGGGAUGAUGUGUAUGGGUUCAACAUGUCAUGCAUGAAGAAAGCAGUUAUUCCAGAAGCUCUUGUGGAAGUUUUGGACCCAAAGACAAUUAUUUCAGAACCCUGUGAAAUUAAGCAUAUAGAUUGUCAUACUGCAUGCGUCCCUGAUCUCGAGUUUUCUUCAGAUUUCACCCUGAAAGUCACAAAACUGUCCAUGUGUACGGCAGUUGCUGGCUACUUUGAUAUCUUUUUUGAGAAGAACUGCCACAAAAAAGUCUUAUUCUCUACGGGUCCCCACACUACCCAAACUCACUGGAAGCAAACAAUAUUUCUACUUGAGAAGCCAUUUUCCGUCAAAGCAGGUGAGGCCUUAAAAGGAAAGAUAACCAUUCAAAAGAACAGGAAGGACCCACGUUCUCUCAUCGUUACUCUUAAAUUGAAUAACUUAACUCAGACCUAUAGCCUUCAGUGAAAGUUAUUCUGUGUAUACAAAACUACGUGAAGACAGACUGGGUAAAGAAACUUGAGGGGGAGUUAUUCCUUCACCUGGUUGAUGGGUCCUUCACUAGUGAGUCUCUUGAAUAAGAGAAAGGGGUGAGAGAUGUUUCACACAAGCACCAACUGAUUAAUUUCUAAAAUGACAUCUAUAUAAUCAUGUACUCUAAAUCUGACAACGAACUAUCCAACUGUAGCCAGAUAUAUUUCCUGUGCUGUGAAAAUAAUGAAAAUCUAAAUCGACUUAAAUUUCCAACAAAUGUAGCUGGGAAAAACACAGCCGGUUUCAUUAUAAAAAUUACAAUUGAAAACAAUUUAGGAGAAAUAUUUUGGUUGCCCAACUUAGCUGAUCCUGUUAUAGACAGCCCAUAGGGUCAUCAUCUUGUGUCUUUAUAUUCUACUUGAAUAUCCUUUCAGUAUUACCUAAUAUAUGUAAAGUCAGAAGCUGUACUUGAAGGUCCAAACUCUUAUCAAAGAUCUAGAAGUUCCUAUAUUAUCAUUUGCUAACCUGAUGACUUUUUCAAAUUAAAUUAUGUACUGAUAACAGUUAUAAAGUUUGGUUAAAUAUACAACAGUUAAUGGUAAUACUAUGUAAUAUUUCCCUGUCUAAAAUUGUGCAAUUUGCAAUUAUUGUCUCAGGUUGAAAGAAAAAAGUGGCAAGCAUUCAAUAAAAUAUAUAUAGCUCUACAAUCAGUACUUAAUAUGGGUCCUACAAAGUAGCCCCUUUAACAGAAUAAAUUUUAAAGUCAUGUGCCAUGCCUUGCAGAUCAAAAGAUGUUUUGUUUUUUUUUUUUUUUUCAGAACUAAGUAUGCAGGAAGUAUUAUUAUAACAUGGUUCUACCAAAGAAAACCUCUUUCUUUUAGGUGAAAUUUGGGAACCCCAGCUCCAACUAUCUACAACCCCUAUCUACUGUGUGCUCUCCCAAUAAUAUAAAUGGAAAUCAGUAUGUUUGUGAGAUAAAGAAAAAUUACAUUCUCUCCCUUAGACUGAUAGAAAAAAAAUUCAUCAUCAUAGUUUUUAAUCCAACAGCAGUUGAGAAUCAAAACUUCCCCUCAGCCAUCACUGCUACCAAAUAUUACAAAUUUCGAUGUCAAAAGAGAAGGUAUAUCCUUUCAAAUGGUAAGGUUAAGAUAAUAAUCAUCAGAUACUCAUACCCACAUUCCUUCAAUUUUAUUGGUGCUAAAUUUAACCAGUUUCCUCAUAUCAAAAUUCCCAACUCAUUCAGUUUCCAAGAUACAGCAAUAAAUUUUAGUGUAAGAAUUGAAAAGAGGCCUAAGAUGGUGAUAAUGACGGCUACCUGAAAUACUUCAGAAUUUCUUUUCAGUUGCCUCACUGGGCUGAACAGAAUGGGCUGAUAGAGUCCGACAGGAUCCUUCAAGAAAAUACUAUGUAUGUCGGAGAACUCAGCAGACACUGUCAGGAUUCUUUUCUCGGAGGCAAGGGCCAAAUUAAUCCAAAACUGUGACAUUUGUUGCUUCUGAAGAAGAAUACUUCCUUAUUGAAUUAGUAACUAAGAAAUAUUGCACCCCUCCCAAAGUGUUGGAAUGACUUGCUACCCUUUAAAAGGAUAUACUCAAGAAAUAUGAAUUUGUUAUUAACCCUAACACAAUAUCAAAAUGUGGCUAAGUUUCAGAAUGGCCAUGUGUGAGAAUAAGUGAAACUGUUUAAAGAAGGAUUUCCCUUUGUUUAUUUUAUUUCCCUCAGCUCUAUUUGCAUGACUUGUUGACUUGAUAGGCCAAGCAGAGUUCCUUCUGUUGGUCUUAUAUAGAUAGAAGCCAUAAUUAUUAGACAACAGUUCUUUUCAUGCUUGUCAAAAAUAACCAUCCCAGGAAAGAAAUUCAUGUAUCUCUCCCUAGCCAAGCUGCAACUAGGUUAGGGUUACUUGCAUUGACAGCUCUUGUCAGGUAAAUAAGAAUGACUUAGAAGUAAGAUGACUUACAAACAUCUAGGACCUAUACUUUGUUCCCUUCAAUCCUCCAGACUUCCCUCUCAGGAUAAAAGCUCCACAGCAGCCACACAACCAGAUUCCUUGCAUGAGCCCUAGACCUCCAACCCUAAGGGUCUCAUUAUUUUCAUACCCCUGCCCCAAAGCUGGUCUUCUCCCACUAUGCCUACAGUCCACCACUUUUUCCUCAUUCCUAUCCAUCUUUAUUUAGAGCUUGUGGAAUGUGGUUUUGUCAACCAUGCCUUAGGGGUGUUGGCAGUACGCUUUGAAAGAGAGGGUACUCUUAGGCUCUCCCUUUAAUUGAAUUUGCUCUGGAUGCUUGAAUGGCUAGUUACUAGCUCUGUUCUCUAAACCUGUGGUGUCAAACUCAAGUGGAAAUGGGAGCCACCAAACUGUACCUAAGGAGCCCUGCAGGCCACAGAUUGACUUCGAAAGCCACAUGUUUAUGUAUUUCUUUUUUUAUUAAUACAUCAACACAUUAAAAUCAAAUGGGAACUAUAUUUUAAUCUGGUUCUGGUUAUGCUCAAGAGUGUUGUGGGCUAUGGGUUUGGCACUCUACUUGAAAGCUCUUUAGUCAUACGUUAGUCUUAAAUACCAGGUCUUGGAAUAAAAUGUCUUUCCUUAAAAUUCUCUGUGAUAAAUAAACACAAACAUACUUUGACAAA